AUGCAGGAUCAAUCUGCUGGAGAGGAAUUUCCGGGAGAUGAUCCGACCGAUUAUCUGAACCGCUUCCCAUCCACGACUGUGAUUGAUCUCCCCCGAAGCCCCCCGAAGGUUCUCGAUGAGCUGGGCCAUGAGUUCCGGGUUGGGAUCAAUGGAUUUGGCCGUCUUGGCCGAUCAGUCUUCUGCAAGGCCUAUAACACGCCCUACAUCAACAUUGUCGCCGUCAACGACCCUCACGUGGACGCGGCCCGAGCAGCAACCCUCCUCCAGGAAGCGCACUCUCAAGGCCGGCUCGCCCCCGGUGCCAGCCUCGAAAUCCACGCGGAAUCUGCAGCCAACAGACUUCUGAUCCACGACACUGCCACGGGAAAGACUAUCACGGCGCAGUUUAGCGCGCAGGAUGACCCCUCCAUUCUGGGAUGGGGCAGCCUCGGCGCUUUCCACGUUGUCGAGUGCUCGGGUUUGUUCACGACCAUCGCGGCUGCGUCCGCACACUUGACCCAGUUAAGAAAGAUCUACGGAGCCCAUGAUGACAGCGUAGAUGGCGCAUUCAAGGUGCUGAUUGCAGCAGCGUCGCCUGACGCGCCGAGGUUCUACCCUCGCGUCAACUUGAGGGAGUGCCGGGUCGAGCAGAGCGUGGUUGCGUGUGCGCCGCCUGGAGAUGACGAGCACCUCUCGGUACAGGGAAAUGACGCUUCUGUCGAUAAGACUCACAUGUGGCAGUAUGCCGAUGAUGUGGUUCAGUUAUUGAGACCCGACAACCAACAGUACUAA